AUGACACCCAAAGAAAAAGUUACUCUUAAAGAAUAGAUUGAAUUUCUUUAACAAUAAACUGGUCUUUUCAAAUAAUCUAUGGAAUUAGAAUAAGAAUUAUAAGGAGAUAAUAUGAUUGUUAAUUUGAAUGCAAUUGAAAAUAAUUUGGAAUCCCUUAAGGUUACUAUUUUUAAUCGAGAAUAAAAUGUUUGGCAAUACUGGGAUCAAAAGCAGAAAAGUGUGUCACAUUAAAAUGUGAAUUGCCAUAAUCUGAUAAUUUGAAACGCUUUUAAAUAUUAGAGAAAUAAGUUUAUUUAUUGGAAACCAUUUUUGGAUAAAAGACCGAUCAAAAUAAUUCAACAAUAAUGCAAGACUUGAAUUAAAUUUAGUAAAUUAUCAACUAAAUGUCAAAGGAUAAACUAAAGAUAUCAAAAUAGGAUUCACUUAAACUCUACAAUAUAUUCAUAAAAUCAUAGAAAUCUUUAGGUAAGUAAAAUUAUUGGUUUGAAUUGCUGAUUUGA